CCCAGCGGAGCCAGGAGAGAGCCCUCUUCUGAAGCCCCAUGAAGCCGCCGGGGCUGCAGUGGCUCUGGCUUCUCUGGGGCUGCAGCUGCUCCCUGGGCUCGGCUCCCCUCGGGCUCUCCAGGGGAGCCCUCCGGGGCGCAGCAGCUUCAGCGAACAGCAGCCGCUCCAGCCACGUCUCCUUCCCGGAGCACAGCGAGAAAGAUUCUGCAGCCUUCCGGGAAAGUCUUAGAAGACAUCGCUAUUUGAAUUCAUUUUCAUCCAGUGACAAUACUUCUGCUAUCUAUGGAAUAAAUCAGUUUUCUCAUUUGUUUCCAGAAGAGUUUAGAGCUAUUUAUUUGAAAAGCAAACCCUCUGAACUUCCAUUAUAUAAUAAAGAACUAAAGGUGCCAACCACACACAUGCCUUUGCCAAUAAGAUUUGACUGGAGGGAUAAACAUGUGGUAACAAAAGUAAGAAACCAACAGAUGUGUGGAGGAUGUUGGGCCUUCAGCGUCGUGGGUGGAAUCGAAUCUGCCUAUGCAAUCAAAGGGGCGCCUUUGGAAGACUUAAGUGUCCAGCAACUCAUUGAUUGUUCAUACAACAAUUUUGGCUGCAGUGGUGGGUCUACUGUGAAUGCCUUGGACUGGCUAAAUAAGACUCAGGUGAGACUGGUGAGAGAUUCAGAAUACUCUUUUAAAGCUCAAACUGGAUUAUGUCAUUAUUUUUCUGUAUCACAUGCUGGUGUUUCCAUCAAAGGUUACUCCUCCUAUGACUUCAGUGAUAAAGAGGAUGAAAUGGCCAAAGUACUCCUUGCCUAUGGCCCCCUAGCUGUGAUAGUGGAUGCAGUGAGCUGGCAAGAUUAUCUGGGAGGAAUAAUCCAGCAUCAUUGUUCCAGUGGAGAAGCCAAUCAUGCUGUUCUCAUAACUGGUUUUGACAAAACAGGAAAUACUCCUUAUUGGAUAGUACGGAACUCAUGGGGUACUUCCUGGGGAGUAGAUGGUUAUGCCUUUGUUAAAAUGGGAGCUAAUAUUUGUGGUAUUGCAGAUUCGGUGUCUGCUGUGUUUGUGUGAUACCUGGGAGUCACACAAAAACAAAAUCGUCACUACCGAACAUUUUUGUCUUCAGAAAUCCUCAUCAAGCCCUGUUAAUCAGCUACACAUCUUUCUAAAGAUCAGGACCGCUGAAGUCAAGGGGAAAACACCAGGUUGACGUUCUACCUACUGCGGUCAGUGGGAGGUUGAAUGAGGUAGACUUUACGAUCUCUUAUAAGACAGAGAUUCUAUGAAUAUUUUCAUUCAAUUCAACAAAUCAUUAUUUUGUGGCUUCUGCGUGGAAGUCCAAGUGUUAAGCACUAGUCCAAGUAUGACCACUAGAGAUAAAGAGCAAGGAGUUUCCAGUCUAAUAAGACAUAUAUGUGCAUGUAGAGAAGUAGGAUGAGAAGUAGGCUGUGAUAAGGGUGUAGGAGCAGUCUAGGGGAAAAUGUUUUAAGAAUCAGGAAGGAGAGAUGAAAUGAGGGAGUUGACUCUUUCAAUCCCUUCUUGCCCUGACAUUCUAUGACCCUGUGAAGUCCUGGGCUUUCCCUUUGUGAUGUCCACCUUACCUAGGGUCAUUUGUAGCUCAAACGCAUCUGCUACUUGUUCAUUGCCCUUCUCUUCCAAUAAUUGGUUUUUUCCUGGGUCUGUUACCAGACUGAGCUGUACUGACUUGAUUACCAGUAGUAUUCCAUGACAGUGCAGUAAUAGGAGGGAUGGCUAGAGGGGGGUGGGGGUGGGGGCGGAAUUCACCUUGUCUCACUGACACCUGAGCUAGUCUAUGCUUAACUACUUAUCUUCCUUUGAAAAGAGAAAAGGAAAAAAGUCAUGUCUCAUUAAAAGUGCCCCAAGUAUUUUUCUACAAAUCCAUAUCAGUCUUUAAUAUUGAAGAACUUUCUGAAAUGAGAUUUACUAAACAGCAAUAUCUCUCUUUUUGCUUCCUUACAAUUUUUUUUUCUUCCCUUAAUCUUGAAUUGUCAGGGUUAGGCAACCCUCCUUUUCUUUCAUUAGCCAAGUGACCUCAGAAGAAUGUGUUUGUUUAUGGGUAUACCCUCAAGACUCAUCCAGGAGAAUUAUUAGACUUGGAAAAUAGUGUAUUAUGCAAAAAAAAAAAAAUGAGACUUGGACUAUUAGCCAGGAGAUGGAUUCUGGGCCAUGCCAGUAAAGAACUAUGAUUUGUGAGCAAGUCACCCCAGUUUUCUCUUCUGUAAGGGUUUGGAUAAACUCAGGGAUCUCCAAAGUAGGCUAAAGGAGCUGUUGCAUGACCCUGUAUGUGAUUAAGUAGUCAGAGGGUGGGAAUAUAGCUGUCAAUCAAGAUUCUCCACUUCUCCCCAGCUCCCUCCAGCUUCAUACCCUGCCCUCCCAAUCAACUUGUGCCAGGGGCAGGCAUCGCCUCAGCCUAUGAGCUCUUUGCUUCAAGCAUCAGCCAGUGAGUGAGAGCCCCGCACCCGUACCUCAUUUUCAGUGAGAUACUGAGUCAUACAGGAUGAGCAGGCAUUGAUGGUGUGCUGCAGAUCAUAUUUCAUUCCCCCCCACCACACGCACACAGCCAAAUCCACCUCCUUUUCUGAAGUUCUUGCUAUCAAAGGCACCUUCAUCAUCCCAGUCAUCUGGGUAUGCUACCUUGGAGUCUCAUUACUCUCAUGUGUUCCAUAUAUCCAAGUAGUUGCCAAAUCUUGUCUUUUCUACCUCCAUCAUAUCUCUUGCGUUUCUUCCCUUCUCUCUACUUACAUAGCUAAGUUCAGGCCAUCAUUACCUCUUGCCUGGACUAUUACAAUAGAUUCCCAAUAAGUCUCCUUGCCUCAGUCUCUCUCCACCAUAGAACUGCAAAAGUGAUUUGCCUAAAGCACAGAUCUCACCAUAUCAUUAUAAAUUCCAAUGGCUCCUUAUUGACUCCAGAAUCAAAUUUUUAAAGAAAUCUUUAUGUCAUACUUUUAAAUUUUCUACUUUUGCUUAAGUUUUAUAGUGUACAUAAUUUGUAUAUCAAUACACAUAUUUAGGGUUGUGCUCAAUUUUUUAAUACUAAAAGGGGUAUACUAUCCAAAAAGUUUGGGGACCACUAGACUAGAUCAUCUCCAAUGACUCUUCCCCCUCUAAAAUUCUGGGGCUCUUUAAUAGAAAUCCUUUAUAAUUCAGGUAAGCCAGGCAAACAUUUCCUACUUUCUGAUUCACUUCAACAAAUUAUGUAUUUAUUAGAAUGGAUGACUGACUUGUUAACGUUUUGUUAUUGUCCCUUCUUUUUUGUCUUUAUGUACAUUUAUAAAGUUCUGGAUUUUUAAAAUUUUGGAGAUAAUUAUUUUUGAGUAAGGAAAUACUUGGGAAUUUUCUUGUAUUCACAGUUUUUAUUAUCUUUGUAAUAAAGUUUAAAAUAUA